AUGGAGAGAUUAAAUUUUAUCUUCCAUAGCAACUAGUCACUUGUCUACAUCCUCACAAGAUAUACCAUUUGAAAACUUGGAAGACUCAUUUAGGUCUAAAGUUUAUUCACUAACGGUCAAUGGAUAAGCAACCAUAUCAGCAUGUCCAUAUCUUAACAGUGGCUUAGUAUCUCCCCUUGACCAAUCACAAGGAAGAGGGUAAUUCUAGUUUUGUGGAGAUAUUUUCAUAGGAUGUGUGUCAGACACUAAAAUAUGUUCUUAUUGGAAAUGUAUCUUAUGUGAAUCAGAUAUAUCUAACUCCACCUGAUUUGGAAGCAUAACUUAUAUCCUUUGACUUUAGAAGUAUAACUGCAGAAGAUACACUUUUAGUUCUAGGCUCCAGCUUGCCGUCAUUUACAUGGAUAUAUAUGCUAGACAACCAAAGAUUUUUAAGUCUGAAUAAUCAAGAUGGUUAUUUGCCCAUACUUUCUUCAAGAGCUUUGAAGUUAAUGGCAGAGGCUGGAGAUCUGUGAAAGAUUUAAAGGCUAGGCAAAAUACCAAGAGGGGGGAUGAAUUGAUAUUUUACAAAUCUCAGAUUUUCUUCUUGAAUAGUAGAUGUGUCAACACAUAUGUUAACACAGCUCUGCGUGAUUAUCUACGUGCAUGAUUACUUUCUCUCUCCUUCGAUGGGUUCUCAUUAUGAGACAAGAACUUUUUAUACUAGUUCCCCCCUCACUUGGCUACUUCAUGUCCUGGAAUAUCCUUCCUUCGAAUUCCAUUAUUUCCCUCGGAAAUACACACUGAAAUUAAUGAGAUCAGCAGUCCAAUACCUCAGGUUUGACCUCAGCAGAGAUCCAGCCCCUUCCGAGCCAAAUGGGGCUUAGAGCACCUCGUGCAUCUGCCCAAAAUCACUCUCCAAUCACUACCCAGUUACCUUAGGGCCUGAUGGAGAGCCUCCUUGAAAGAUUCAAGCUUUAUCUUGGUCACCAAUCGUUGCUGAAGAAGGAUGAUGCAGUUUGCUUGCGGUUGAAGUUCGGCGGUGAUGAUUCUUGA